AUGUUCAUUCACCUGUCGUCAACCGGACCGCCGUUGAUUGCCUCAAGCUGUCUUUGCUUCCACAUUGUGUUCUUCCAUCCCUGGCUGUCGUCCGUUCGUCCGUCCCAACUCCCACCCCAUCAUCCUAGCUCGAUUGUGGCAUUUUCGUCUCAGGCGUGUUGGUGCUGGAGAUCUUGGCCAUUCAAGACAACCAGACCAACUCACGGGGCCAUUUCCUCUCCAUCACGAAUCUGCCAAUUUGCAAGUUGAGUGGCGUGGAUUCGCAGAGUGCUAUUUUCCAAGUUGUCAUUCCGUGAUUCAUUAGUUUUGAAACAUUUGACGGAGCCAUGGGUCAAAACCAAUCGUUCCCAUUGCUAUCGGGCUUUUCCCGAGAGGAGAUCAGUCGUUUAGAGAAGCGGUUCCACAAGCUCGAUUUGGAUCGCUCGGGUUCCAUCAGUCUCAAAGAGUUCCUCACCGUUCCAGAACUCCAGAACAACCCUUUACUUCAGCGAGUGGUUGAUGUGUUUGAUGCCGAUUUAAGCGGGGAAGUGGACUUUAAAGAGUUUGUCAAAGGCUUGGCCCAAUUUGCAGUGGUGCAAGAGGACAACGAAACGAAAUUGCAGUUCAUCUUCAAGAUCUACGACAUGGACCGGGAUGGGUACAUUUCGAAUGGUGAACUCUUUCAAGUGCUGAAGAUGAUGGUGGGUAAAAAUCUGACCAACAUCCAACUCCAGCAGAUUGUGGACAAAACCAUCUUGUACUUGGACAAGGACGACGAUGGUAAAAUCAGUUAUGAAGAGUUCAAGCUCAUGGUUCAAAAAGGAAGCCGCCUCAACAAUGUGACUGAUGUUAUGUCCGUGGAAGUUUAACCGAAUAUAAAUAUAUAUAUAUAUGUAUAUGCUGA